AUGCAGCGCUCGAACAUCGUCACUAGAACGUGCGAUCCGCUCUCCAACGAGCUCAUGUCAAGCGCUGCCAUGCGCGCGUCGCUGUCGCCAGGCCAUGGCGACCAGGAGCUUCUACACCGUCCGUUCCUGGAGCUGAUUCACGAUGACGACCAGAGCGCGUUUCAGCUCCCUGUUGUUGCAGCUGCUGCAGCUGUACUCGCUAUAGGGAAGGGGCUGGACUCGUUAGUGGAGCGGCUGAAGGCGCUGGAGGCGAAAAUCCGCGAGGGCGUGUACAACGGGAAGUUCAAGCGGAUAUUCGAGAUCUCUAUGGAUCCGAUCUUUAUCAUCGGUGGAGACAGGCUGAUCCACGAGUGCAACGAGGCGGCAGUGCGGAUGCUGGGGCACCAAUCAAAGGCCGCCAUCUGUCACAAGCUGAGCCCCGCUGCCUUCUCCCCGGAGGUCCAGCCGGGCGGCGAGCGGACGGCGGAUAAGAUGGUGCGAUUCGUGCAGCCGCUGCUGCGAGGAGAGGCCUCUAUCGACGAGUGGUGGCACUAUGACACGCGAGGGGAGCUGUUCCCUGUGCUGGUGAAGGUGCAGUUUCUAAGCGAGGAGCAUCCGGGGGAGGUGGUAUCUGUGUGGCACGACCUGCGGGACAUGAAGCGGCAUGAGGAAGAGCUGAGGCAGGCCAAGGAGGCGGCAGAGGCGGCGAGUCAGGCCAAGAGCCAGUUCCUGGCAAAUAUCAGCCAUGAGAUCCGCACGCCCAUGAAUGGUGUGCUGGGAGUAGCGGAGCUGUUGUUACAAACGCCACUAACCCCCGAGCAGCAGCAGUACUGCGAGGUGAUCCGCUCGUCGGGAGAGAGCCUGCUGCACGUCAUAUCCGAUGUACUCGAUAUAAGCAAGAUCGAGGCGCGGUCGCUAGCGCUCGAGUCGAUCCCGUUUCGCCUGCAGCAGGCAGUAGAGGAGGCUGUGGGUGCUGUUGCUGUGCUGGCACAGCGGAAAGGCCUAGGCCUGCUGCACAUCAUAUCAGACGUACUCGAUAUAAGCAAGAUCGAGGCGCGGUCAUUAGCUCUCGAGUCGAUUCUGUUUCAGUUGCAGCAGACGGUGGAUGGCGCUGUGGCUGCUGUUGCUGUGCUGGCAUGGCAGAAAGGACUCAAUCUGGAGGUGGAGAUGGAUGGCGCCGUGCCUCGCUGCAUCGUGGGAGACCCCUCUCGCCUGCGCCAGGUGCUGCUCAACCUCCUCUCCAACGCCAUCAAGUUCACCCACCAGUCACAAGCUCCCUUCUUCCCUCCAUCCUCCCCUCUCUUCUCCAUCCUCCUUCGCUCCUCUCAUUCCCUCCCUCCUUCCCUCUUGAACCCUUUCAACCCCCUCUCCAACACCAUCAAGGGCUUUGUGAAGCUCCGGAUUUUCACAUCGAACGUUACAGGAAACCUGCCUCACCCAACAGAGGAAGACUCUAAGGCCCGUGCAGCAGCAGCAACAACACCUUGCGUCGAGGCCCUUCAGAGCUUAGCAGGGGGCGCAGCAGGCUCAUCAGCAGCAGAGGCAACAGCAGCGGAACUGCAGGGGGGAGACGUGGAGAUGCCGUUGCGACAUAUGGGUUCUAAAAAUGGUUGGAGGAAACGCAAGAGACUGGACUGCAGCAGUGAGGAGGAAGAAUGCUGCACGAACGAUGCACGGUGGGGAGCAGCAGCAGACAGGGCCAGUGGGGAGGUUGAUGGUUGCACGGUUCUGAAGCGCAGCAGAAGGAAUUCUGCUGGUGGGGCGGCAGGAGGGAUUUACAAGGAGCAGGUGAGAGUGGAACCAGAGGGGAAGGGCCAGGCAGAGAAAGUGAUGCAAGUAACGUUUGGAGAGCUCAAGGUUUGGCGAAGCGAUGAAGGGUGCAUAUCAGAAGGAGUGGCAGUGGCCAUGGAGACAACAGUGGCAGCAGCAGCAUGUCGAAAGAGUGAUACAGAAGUGGAGGAGAUCGCAGUGCACUUUGAGGUGGUUGAUUCGGGCAUCGGCAUCCCUCCAGCCAUGCUCCCGCGCCUCUUCCAGCCGUUCAUGCAGGCAGACGAGUCCACUAGCCGCCGGUACGGUGGCACGGGGCUCGGGCUCGCCAUCUGCCACUCGCUCGUCACGCUCAUGGGCGGCACCAUCCACGUGUCCUCGGUGGCCAGUCCAAAGCCUGCCGACCGUGUGCCUGUGGCUGGAUCCGCGGGUGAUGCGAAUGCAGGCAGCAGGAACCCCACGAGUCCCUCCAGCAAAAUCACUACUCCUACCAGCCCCACCAGCCCCACCAGCCCCACCAGCCCCACCAGCCACACCAGCCUCACCAGCCACACCAGCCUCACCAGCCACACCAGUCCGACCAAUCCAUGUCCCAUGGCUGCUGAUAUAACUGCAUGUCCGACAGCAGCAAUAGGUGCUGCUGAUUUCUACAGCAAGCAAGCUGCUGAUGCUCAUCCAAGGCAUGGCACCACGUUCCAGUUCUCGCUGCCCUUCAAGGUGGUCAGGGCAACUUCUGAACCUUCCAGCAUAGCGAAGGCACCAAGUGGUUUGAAAUCACCUCCCCGAUCACCAUCGGUGUCAUUUCCGGGAGUGCGGUGUCUGGUGGUGGAGGACAAUGCAGUGAACCGCAUGGUGGUGGUGCGUCUGCUGCGCAGCCUACGUGUGAACAGCGACGUGGCGGAGAAUGGCGUGCUUGCAGUGCAGGCAUGCCGUGACAAGGAAUACGACCUUGUGCUCAUGGUAAGCCUGGCUUGCUCGAUUGCUGGAUACGAACCGCCUUUCUAUUUGGUACCUUGGCCUUCCUGA